AUGUCAGCAUUGGGCUGCGAAAGGUCGGGCUCUGGUAUGACCCCAUUUUCCGGCCCCCAACGCGUCCCCACCGGGCGGACCCUGGCCAACCACAGCCGGUCCCCGCUGUCAGAUGGAGGGGGUGAGGGGGUGAGGGGUGGUGCCGCUACUGCAAAUAGCAGCGCCAGCCAAGCCAACCCGCAGGAGUGA